GGAACUUUGUUGUGGCGGUGAGGAAGAGGAAGCCCUGAAGGGUCAAAAGGAAUACAAAAGCAAAGACUAUUUUCUUUCUUUUCUUUUUUUUUCUCUCUCUCUCUCUCUCUCUCUUUUUUUUUUGUCCUAAAGAGCGAGCGGUCUUAGCAGUGGCUUAGGGGUGGGCGUCGCCGAGGUGAGGGGGUCUCGCCUCCCGCACGCUGGUAGGUGUAAAUGUGGAGACCUACUCGUUCGGAGCAGUGGUUCUUAAUCUAGUAGAAAACAAGAUUCUCUGCGGCCCGUUUAAAUGCAGAUUCUCUGCAUUCCCUGCCUCCAGACGUCUGACUGAGUAGGUCUGGAGUUGGGACGGGGGAAGCCAAGUGCGGGCCUGGUGGUCAGAAUUCCCAAUGACCUCUUGUGUACCAGCUGUGAGGAGGAGCUGUGUCAAGACCAUUCACCUGGCUAGCAGUCUUCCUUUCUCCUAAGAAUCUUGAUGUUUGGUUAGAGUCAAGCUGUUGCCUCAGAUAUUGAAAACCACACAGCUGACCUAUUGCUCCAUUAUGGAUGGAGGGGAUGAUGGUAAUCUUGUUAUCAAAAAGAGGUUUGUGUCGGAGGCAGAACUAGAUGAACGGCGCAAAAGGAGGCAAGAAGAAUGGGAGAAAGUUCGAAAACCUGAAGAUCCAGAAGAAUGUCCAGAGGAGGUUUAUGACCCUCGGUCUCUCUAUGAAAGGCUGCAGGAACAGAAAGACAGGAAGCAGCAGGAGUAUGAGGAGCAGUUCAAAUUCAAAAACAUGGUAAGAGGCUUAGAUGAAGAUGAGACUAACUUCCUUGAUGAGGUUUCCCGGCAGCAGGAGCUCCUGGAAAAGCAACGGAGAGAAGAAGAACUGAAAGAACUAAAGGAAUACAGAAGUAAUCUCAACAAAGUUGGAGUUUCUCCAGAAAACAAGAAGGAGGUGGAGAAGAAAGUGGCUGUGAAACCCAUAGAAACCAAGAACAAGUUCUCCCAGGCCAAGCUGUUGGCAGGAGCUGUGAAACAUAAGAGCUCAGAGAGUGGCAACAGUGUGAAAAGACUGAAAUCGGACCCUGACCCAGAUGACAAGAGUCAAGAAGCCCCGUCCUGCAUGUCUCUUGGCAGCACGUCCCUGAGCGCCCCUUCCAUCCACUGCCCCUCUGCUGCAGUCUGCAUCGGCAUCCUCCCGGGCUUGGGCGCCUACUCUGGGAGCAGCGACUCCGAAUCCAGCUCAGACAGCGAAGGCACGAUCAACGCCACCGGCAAGAUCGUCUCCUCCAUCUUCCGAACCAACACCUUCCUAGAGGCCCCGUAGCUCCUGUGUCCCUCCCAAAGCUCCUGCCCGAGUAGACCGGUCGGUUUGUUCCACCUCCGGGCAUCCCUUCCCUCAGAACUCCUUUGCCCACUUCCUGUGCACACCGUGACAUUUUUAACCUCAUCUAAAAAUGUGCCAGAAUCCACUGUGGCCCAACUUGUGUUUGGUUUCUCUUUCUACUCCAGUGCAGGUGUGCGGCCCUGUCUUGCUGCCUCUUCCCUUGCCGCGGUGGUGGGGCGGGGGCCGUGGCUCUGCUGAGGUUCCCCCGGAAAUGCCCGGGAAGAUAGCCACCCGCUGGUGUGCAAAGUGUAUGGAUCCUGUUGCUUUCUUGUUUUCUUUGUUUCCCUUCCUGACGGCACAGAGAAGCAAGGGCAGUUACGGGACAGACAUCAUUUAACCCUUCUCUUCUAGCUGAGCGCACCGUGUGGUUGUACUGCGCUGUGGAGCAUUUGGGGGGGUGGGGGGAGGAAGGCCCUCUUGGAACUGACCAUUUCUUGAUGUUGUGUGACUAAGUAAAGAUUAUAAACUACA